CUGUGAUCUAAGAAGAGUUUCAGAGACCAUAGAGAGCCCAUGCUUCUUUAUCUUUUUCAUGCAAAGAAAAUAAAUAAAACAAAUUAAAUUUGUAUGUGGGUGCAUUAGCAGACUAAUUAUUCAACAAUUAAUUGUUGAAUAAUCCUUAAGAAUCUCAAGUGGUGUAGCUAGAUUGAAACAUGGACCAAUUAAGAAACCUGACAUGGAAUUCAAACAGUUGUUCUCUCAUUUCUCAUCCUAUUUUUUUCGUAAAAAGAAAAAAAAAACACAGAUCAUCAUGGAAGCCAACAAGAACAAAAUGUAGUAAACUACACCAUUUUUCUUCCUCUAUGUAAGGAAGGAGGGGACAUUUACUCAAAGAUUAUAAUCUUCACCACAAUCUGUGUCUUGUCAGUCUCUCCUCUAACAUCUGUGACAGAGAGUAAUUAGCCAUGGCAGAUCUUAAGUCAACCUUCUUGAAUGUCUUCUCUGUCCUCAAGAAAGAGCUUCUUCAGGAUCCUGCUUUUGAAUGGAGUCCUGAUUCUCGUGAACGGGUCGAGAGGGCAUUGAUUCCUUUUUUAUCUCUUGUUGAAAGCUUCAAUCUUUGUGUUUCUCCGUUCUGGGGUGCAAUUGUUUUUGCUUGAUUUGAUUGGAAAUUAGAAUUCAAUUGUGAAUCUUGAGCCUGAAAAUGCUGUUUUGAUGGCUUGUUGGUUUGUUUGGUGUGUGUGAAGCGGAACCAAGAAUGAUUUUGAUGCACUAAAUUAAUGGAUAGAGGUUGUAAGUUGAGCAGAAAAUAUGAGAAUCUCUUUGGUUAGUGGUGACGUUUUGAGAGAAAGUUAUUGAUUUUGUGGAGAAUCUGUGAAAUAAAAGUGCCCCAAAGCCAAACUUUGCCUUGCAUGUUCUUGAUCUUGAAUUCUUUCCACCACUGCAAGGUUCCUUUGUUCUGCAUCUAUAAUGCCCCAAGUACUGCACUGGGAAAAUCUUGGACAUGAUUAGCAGGCCUAAUGAUCCUCAAAGCAGCCCAAAAGCACUUUUGGAUGAUGGUUUUAUACUGUUAUAGAUUGUAUCGAGGCCACCUUAGCUUUGCUUGUUUGUGAACUUGGGGUGGAGAUUUUGUCUGGGGAGUUUGCUGAAGUACUUGUACGUUUGACCUUACAAUGUAUGCAGGUUAACCUUUUCUUUUUCCUAAUUUUUAUAUUCAUUUUUCUGCUGCAGAUGGUGGACUAUAUUGUGCCUGGAGGUAGGAGUUGAAUUGGAAAAUCAUCCCUCACAAACAAGUUUAUUUUAAACGUUUGUGACUAUUUACCAGCCUGGAGGAAGCAAUCGAAUCGUUAAAUCAACAAUUGCAAUAUGUUUUCCAGGGAAGCUGAACCGAGGACUCUCUGUGAUUUCUGCAAACGAAUUCUUUUAUUGCGGUUCUCCCUGACCAUCUCCACCCCCUAAAUGGCAAGCCAAUUUAUAUAGGUCAAUUCAUAUUUUCCACAUUGGAGAUGUAUCAAUCAGAUUUAUUAUCUGGCGUUCGACCAUUGAAUUUACUCAUGCUGGUGUGCAUUGCUCAUGGCGGGUGAGAAUCUAGACAACCAUGUUGAUGCACAGAACAUUCUUGUUGAGAUGGGAACCUACUUCCAACUACAAGAUGAUUGCUUGGAUUGCUUUGGUGAUCCAGAGAUAAUUGGUAAGAUAGGAACAGAUAUUGAAGAUUUUAAGUGCUCUUGCUUGGUUGUGAAGGGUAUGGAGAUUUGCAAUGAAGAGCAAAAGAAACUGUUACAUGAAAACUAUGGGAAACCUGACCCAGCGAAUGAAGCACAAGUGAAGGCCCUGUAUAAUGAUCUGAACCUUCAGGGUGUAUUUGCGGACUCCGAGACCAAAACCUAUGAGAAGCUGAUAACUUCUAUUGAAGAUCAUCCUAGCAAAGCAGUGUUGAAGUCCUUCUUGGCUAAAAUUUGCCAGAGGCAGAAAUAGAGAACCAUCAGCAGAAGAAUGGAUGAUGCCGAACAAUGCAAGGCUUUUUUUUUCCCCAAAAUUGUAUUUGUAGUUUCCUAAUUGAGGAUGAUUGUUCUUCUUGCAUCCCAUCACUCAAACAAUCUUGGUAUUGUUGGUGCUUACGUAUCAUUGAAUAAACAAUGGUCAUCAUUAACAAGAAUGAAGCUGUCUGAC